CUGUCACGUUUGAAUCAUGAUGUAAGACAAUGAAAAAGCUGUCUACACAUAUCAGACAGAAACACACCUGAGCUGUGCCCUACCUGUAGCCAACCCUUGAAUCUUUAAAUGAGCAAGGACAAUGGACUUUCUACAGAAGCCGAGAAUGGCCCUGGAUUUUUCUUUUUUAUGCACUGUUAUCUUGUGAUAACGACUAAUUAUUUCUUUAUCUCGACGUUUUAGCCGACCUCACAGGUAACUUUUGAAAAAUGUCCUUCAGAUUAGGAUAUUUCUGAAACGUCACAGCCAUAGACUGUAUAUAUUAUAGACGGUGUCCGAAACCUCAGGCUGUGUCUGAAAUAAAUCACUCAACCCCUUACCCCCAUAUGGGAUCUCACUUUAGAGUUGACUAUGUAUUGAACUCAAUUACCGGAGAUUUCGGACACUACAUGGCAUGACGGGAUGCCCACCACCGGUGAGUGACCAUCGGAUGGUCACAACAUUUUGCAAUGCAUUAUGGGAAAUUUUGAGUUGCCUACACAGGGCACUGGAAUUGAUUACUGAGAUUUCGGACACCCUUCAAAAUGGCGCUAACCCCCAUGGGAAUUAGGGAUCCAUUUCGGACGCAGCCUCAGUGGUCAAUUCCAGUGCCCUAUAUAGAAAAUUUUAUGUUCUGUGUCAUCGAUUUCCAAAGUUUGUCCACAGCGGAGGCUGGAUUUAUGACCUAUACUGCAGCCUGUCACCAGAGGGUGCUGUUCUUGGAGUGGAUUUACCCAGAGAGGAGGCAGACGGCGUCCAUUCUUUUUACAGUCCAUGGUCUCAGCCAGGUCAAGAGCAAGUUGGGGAUUUCAAUGAAAUAUGAGACUUCCUGAAGACAAAAUAUUGUCUUCAAAAAUCAAGACAAAUAACUCAGAUUAAAGGGUGAAUCCAUUCAAAAUAAGUUAUAUUCUUUGUGUUCCUGUGAGUUGGCUGUGGGGUCCGUUUGAGGCUGCACUGGCCUCUCCGUGGACCCUAACAGUCAGCUGAUUGAUAGAUGGCAGACUCUAAGUGUCAUUGUCAGCUUAUAAAAGACACCAUUUCACUAUAAUUAAAGAAGGGGGCAACUUGCUAAUGGGAACUUAACAGAGAUGUUUUAUUAUUUGGAGAUCUACCAUUUAUAUUGGGAUUGCAGUGAUAACGUAAACAUAAAUUGAUUUGUCACCAUACAUUACUGCCCAAUGACAGCUAACAUUGUCCGCCUCACUAGGCCACAACUAGGCCAUGUUGAUCUCUCAACAUUGUGUUUCCCAUAUCUGUAUACUCACCGGUGAUCAGUAACAAACAACACAUACACCUAAAUCAAAGAUUAGUCAAGCCUGUGUUGACACAAUUUCAGGGUCACUGAGUUCGUCUUUAUAAUGCUCUAUACUGGUGCAAUAGCAGCCACUGCUAUUACCACUAGGUGGCAGGAGAAGAUAGUAGACCUGAGUGUUACAGCUCCACACUUCUCACUGCUCUCUUCUUUUUAAAGAGAGAGAAGAGGAGUGAAAGAGGGGGGGAGAGAGAGAGAGGGUUAAAAACAAGAGUUUUGCAAAGACAUUCAGGGUCUGAUGAUCUCUGUGUUGCAUGCAUCUUGUCAUGAACAGAGAGCAGUGGGAGGCUGUAGAGCUCCUCUCAUCUGUGUGCAUGCUGUGUCGAAGCCAGUGAUGAUGAGAGGGUCCCAACAACACUCAUGCUCUCUCUCUUCCACCUCUGUUACUCUUUCUGCUCUCCUUUGGAUUAUUGCUUUUCUUCGAUGGUGAAGACGCCAGAGGAGAACUGAAAGAAGAACUGCAAAGUGGAUUUACCGUGCAACAUUUUUCUUCUUUUUUGUCAACUUUUUUUUUCUGCAUUGAAGUUGGUUGUGUCAUCAUCUCAUCUGUAUCAGAGCUUCUCCUGCUGGAAUAAUGCCUUUGUGCUGCAGAGGCUCCUGGUUUCCAGUGGUAUUCGGUGCUGCACUGGUUGUUCUGACUGCUGGAAAUGCUGGACCAAACCAGGACAGGAGGCAGGCUGGGUCUCCCUCAUGCUUCGGAGGCUUUGAUCUCUACUUUGUUUUAGACAAGUUAGUGACCUGACACACAUCAUCUGACACAUUUAAAGGGAACUGUUUAUAUUAUUGCCUGUUGACUCACUAAAACUCUUUAUGUUGAAGAAUAUAUUUCAUUUAUCUCUACGUGAAUCCCCCUCUUGAUAUUUUUCCCUACACAAAAAUUGAUGUUGUUCUCAUGCUUCUCCAUCAUUGUCUGCCAAAAUGUCAACUUGAUGUUGUCACUAUCUCUGUCAUCAUCACAUCCUCAUGCAGAAAGGUGGAUAGACUGGCUGAUGAAGCAUCAUCAUCAUCUUUGCAUUUAUCCCUAGUUAGUCAUAGUAAGCAAUGUGUUGGUGUUUUCUCGUUCUUCAGUAAGCCGGCGGCUGCAGCAGACUGGUUGUCGUGUUUAGAGUUCAUCCUCAUUUACAUGAUUUACACCAUGUGGGCAGAAUUGCUUGUAGGUGCAUCAGUGAUUUGCAUCCUGAAGUAGGAAACAGGAUGUUUGGCAUCCCUGCACAGUCAUGUGGAUUCACUGGUCUUGGUUUGAAGAGAGUUUCUGUGUUUAUCUAACCUGGUUUUGUUGAUCUCUGGGUUUCCUGUCAGACAUGCAACACAGGCGUCUCCUCUAAUCUCCAACUUUGACCCUUUAUUUGCUUUUACAUGUAACAGAUUAACGGGUCAGGAUACAGUUCUUUUAAUCUCUUGGCGUUUUUACAAUUAUCUUGAGAGAUUCCUGGAUGCAUUUUGAGUUUUGAUUUCCUGAUUCCUACUCCUCAUUCAUGUUCUCGGAAAUGUCAGUGUCACACAAGCAGUGUUCACCUGAAUUUCCUAAACCUAAACUCAUACGGAGAGCAGUUUCUACCACAGAUAACUCUCCUCCUCUGGCACUGACGAUGAACUUAGCCAGGCUGUUUCCCUUGGACUGUAACGAAUACUUAGCUCAUGACAUUUCUGCUCUGCAAACCUGGCUCCAAACCACUUUUUUUUUUCUACCACGAGCAGAUGUGUCUGCCAACUAGGUCAACAAGAAAUCCAUCAUUCAACUCAUUCCUUUCAGCAUUUUUCUUACCCUGAGAACUGGAUGGGUAAAUCAUGAUCGGGUGCUCUCCCUCCAGAGCUGCUGAUGGAUUUUCCAGUUGUCAUACUGUAAAUGUCGGUGCCAAAGUCAGGCACACUGCUGUCUCUCUGGGAGGAAAUUAGGAAAUGGGGUGUAAUAGAGGAUAAAUGUUAGUGUGAGUUGUGUUUUAACAUCGCAGAUUUUUAUUACGCAUGUACAGCAUUUGUUGUCAGACCUCGCGCAUUGAAUGAUCUGUUACUCCAGUUAUUCCCUCUGUGUGUGAUCCUAGCUCUCUCUGCUGCCUUUAGCAGGGAUGUCCCCCACCUGCCCUCUCUGUCCUCUUACUGUCUGCUUGAUUUCUCUUCUCUGUGUAUUCACUGCCCUCCGCUCAUUACCUCCAGAUGUUCUCGUGUUUUAGCCUGUUGGCUGAGCUGUUUGUGGUGGGACUUUUGUCAUGGUAACACUGGAAAAAUAGGUGUUUAGAGAAAUGUCUGGGGAGGCCCAGAGCAAUAAAAACAAAGUUUGGAUAAAAGAGUUGUGACGAACAUCGGUAAUGAUACAUUCAAGCUCCAAAAUCGUUCCUUAUUUUACUUAAAUGCGACUGUUUAUCUAAAGAUGAUGACAUAAUUAAAUGUGACGGCUCUACUGAGGAGCUUCUUUCCUGCAAAUGGUUAAUCCUUCGUCAUUUUGGUCGCCAUUUAUCCAAUAAAAACAUAUAGGUUGAAUAGCAAGGUUGAAUAGACUUAAACAUCCACACUGACAUGAAGAUAAUCAAAGAUCUGGAUAGAGGUAGACUCCAAAACCAUGUAUAUACAGUAAUUACAGAUGUCUCAUAAAGAUGUUAACUGUAAUCUAAGGAGAAAAACAUCAUUUCUACCCCUCAUGGUAAAUGAGCUGCACCACCCAGACUCCACACUCAGGCAAAACCACCCUGCAGGCUUUUCUUCCUUUAAAAGUUCACUCCAUGAGUGAUUCACUGACAAAUUGUGCACAGGCACAGAUCCCAAUGGGGGCCAGAAAACUAAUGCAACACAAUCCUCAGUGAUUAUUUCAGACAUGAAACUACUGCAAAGGGACUAGAAGCUGACAAACAGCUACAGAGAUGUUCUUAACAGCUACAAAGUGACACGUAAGAUGGUUAAAACCUCAACAGAUAGACUCAAAAAAGUACAAUAAACGUAUGAAAGAGCAUAUAAAAAAGCAGAAGAAGUGCAAGAAAAGAGACAAAAGUUCGCAAAAGAACACAAACUGACUCAAAAGAUUGCAGAGCCACUAAGGAAACAAGAAAUAACCACAAGGAGACAAAAAUUAUGAAAGAGAUACGUGUCACUCAAAGUUGUUCUGGCUCUCUUUUAGCUCGCUGUUCCUGCUCUUAUGUAAGACUGGUGGUCAAAUACUCUCAAUUUGACGCCAUGAAACAGGAGCACAGUUUUUGGUUAAUGUGUUUCAGACUUUUCAAAAGUCUUUCUUUGUGCACUAAUCUGUGUCUUGAUUUCUCCUCGUAGAUCUGGGAGUGUGCAGAAUCACUGGACUGAAAUCUAUCGCUUUGUCGAGCAUCUAGCUCAUAAAUUCAUAAGGUAAAUAAAGUGUCUUGAAGUCACUGUGGGAAAAGCUGUAAAAGAGAAUGAUCCAUCAGAGAGUAAUGUUGUGGUUUUCUCGAUUUAGUCCACAGUUGCGGAUGUCCUUCAUUGUGUUUUCCACAGAGGGAAGGAUCCUAAUGAGCCUGACAGAGGACAGGUGGGUGCAGAUCCCCUUAAAAAAACACGAAUAAUCCUCUGCUUUUCUCUCACGCAGCUGAAAGGAAUGAAUGCAAUACCAGAUUUGGACUCAGGUCACACAGAGUUAUGAUUUUAUGACCAUAAAGAGCUUCCAGACUGAUACUUUCCCUCUCUGUGAUCCGUCUGUACUGUCGUCAGUCUGGACAAAUACUUCAGUGUGUGCUUUCUGACACUUUGUGGGCAGCUUGUGUGUCUUGUCUUUCUACAGACGAGUUUCUCAAGAGCCACAAAAUAUUUUCACAGUUUCACUGCUUCCUUGUAUCUUAUUCUACAAAGAGCCCAUUUCCUGCAUAUCUGUGUUACAGUUUCUCAAGCCAACAUACACCAUUACUGUUUCAAUUCACUCAUCUGUUGCACAUUGCUGGUAUUUUCUACAAAUGCCGCCCUUAUGGGAACUAUUACGGUUACCACGCCUUGAAGUGUCUGGCUUUGGUCAAAAGUAUGUUCACAAAUGAGUCUGACAAAACAAAUAUUUGAGAACAAAAUGAGAUUAUCAAAAAUCUGGAUUAUCUCAUCAUGUGUAUGUCUGACUCAGGGAGCGCAUUCGUAAAGGUCUGGAGGAGUUGCACGGGGUUCUUCCUGGAGGAGACACCUUCAUGCACGAGGGUAUCCUGAGGGUGAGCAUCUGCUUCAUGUCUGCUCUGGCUCCAGGACAAUUACAGAGAGUUAAAUAAAUAUGGUUUUAAAGAAGAGUAAAGUGACUUUAUUCACACUGCCAGAUCGAUCCUCUACUGUUUCAAACCAGCUUUUCUUUUUUUCUUUUUCUUCUCAGGCUAGCGAGCAGAUAUACUACGGAAACACCGAAGGUUUGUUGUCCUUUCUUUGCUCUAGACAAAAUAGGGCAAAAGAAAAAACAUGCGAUAUAGAUGUUUUUUAAUAAUAGGACUAUCACUGCGGCUGAAGAAACAUGGAGUGAAAAUCUGUAAAUGAAUCUGCUGAUACUUUGAGAACAAACACAACAACUUUACUGCAGACUGACAAUAGCUCACAUCAGCAUCAAGCCGCUUACUAAAUCAUAAAAGUGUUAAAACUUACUGUUAGCUAUUUAAACAUGAGGUGACGUAUUACGCUAGUGACAUAAUUUAGAGCCAAGGUGUGCAUGAAUGAAGCUUGAGCAUAUUUAAGGAAAAAUUAUAUGACUUUGAUUUUAAUGGGUCUAGUUUGACCCAUAAUCCACCUGUCUUUGCUGGAGGAGGUGGAGUUUAAGGCGUUUACUGUAGCCAGCCACCAGGGGGAGCUUUCAAAGUAACAGUUUCAGUUCAGGGCGCUGAUAGAAAACUACCAUGUACUGUAACUAUCAAACUAUAUCAGUAUGAUUAAAUACACUGCAAUACCAAUAAACCUUGUACAUUGGCUAAGUAUGAAUACUCAUUUAUAUGAUUAUUUUUAAUGAAGGAUAAAAUGAGAGAUGAGUUAAAUUGCAGAUAGAGUGACCGAUUCCUUCCUGUCCACAGAUUAUCGCACCGCCAGCGUGAUCAUCGCGCUCACAGAUGGAGAGCUUCAUGAAGAUCUCUUCUACUACGCUGAGAGAGAGGUGAGAAACAUGAAAAAAAAGAGGUUAAAUGGGUCACACAAAUGAUAACCAGGUGAAGCGUAUGAGUCAGCACGUGAUGGACCACAUCAAACACCGACCAGCCUAUACAUCUGCGCUUUGAUCCUCCUCCUAUAGCUAGGAAAAAGUGGGUCAGAGAGUCAGUCAGAUUUAAACAUCCGACCCCAGUCCUCCUCCUCCUCUUCCUCACAUCUGCACCAAGAUUUUUAGAUUUAUUCUACCAUUCAGACUGUACAGGUGAAAGCAUGCAAAAGCCUGAGGCUUCGAUUAGCUUUGAAUGCACUUAGACACAUGUUGACAGCAUGUAUGAGGAGGCUGACCCUCCCAGUAGCUGGAACUGUUCCUCUUGACAGCUGUUGGAGGUCUUAGGUUUUCAUUCAACUCUGAGAUCUGCAGAUAUUACCCCUGAGAGUCGAAGUAUCUGUCUCGUGUGAUCAGAUUGGCGUUCAGUCAUCUCUACGACAUCUCUGUUUCUUUUAUUUUAUGAGGUCUAAAUAAUUGUCCCACAAGGAACAUGGUGUUGCCCAAUUUCUUGUUAAAGUCUCGCACAGGCUGGGCGAACACAAAUCAUUUGUGUUUUUGUUUUGUACGAUGUUAUGAAAUGCAGAGUCUAAUUGAACCCAGGUGCUGAGCGUCUUCCUGUUUUUGCUGUGCAUCUGUGCACAUACCUGACAGGCCAAUCGCUCGCGAAGUCUGGGUGCCUCUGUUUACUGCGUGGGGGUGAAGGACUUCAAUGAGACGCAGGUGUGUUUCUUUUUCAAAGUCUGUCUGAGUCUGAAUAUUGAUGUCUCACAAAUGUGGCAGAAUUGACUAUGAAUGUUCAUGCAAAGUUUCAACUAACAUAAAACUAACAGCAUAAAACUAUGGCAAGUAGCUUUAUAACUUCCACUAAAUGUUUCUCCCCUUCAGCUCGCGAAGAUUGCUGACAGUAAGGAUCACGUCUUCCCCGUCAACGAUGGAUUCGAGGCCUUGCAAGGGGUCAUCGACUCGGUAAGGGUUUCAGUUCACAUUCAAUCAGCACUCAUGAUAAAGGUGUAGCAGCACAGACACACUCUAUACCUCUAACCUGCUAUUGCACCGAUCAAACGGGACACGGGAUGCAGGACAAAGCACCCUAAGUUAUGAUGCCUAUAGAUCCUGGACAAUGCUGAGUAAGUCCAGAGGAAAAUCUGUCUUUCCUGCGAUUGUUCAUCUGACUGACAGAUAUCUAAAUGUGAUCAGAGUGAAAUGGUUGUACUUGAGAAGUGAAAAACACUUUGUCAUGGAGGGGCUGUUGUCACAAGGACAUGACUUUUAUUAAGCCGAGUUUAAGAUCUCACAGACGUCUGCCAUCUGGAGCAGAUUAACAGCAAACUAAAACACUGUCGCUUUAUAUUGGUUUGAGUGGGGCAGUAGGUCAUGAAUCAGUCAUGUCUGUCUUCAGGAUAACCAAUGGUAUCUUCCCGGAGUUCAGCAGGAACAGAUACAUCUGCGGAACAGAAAUGGACAUAAAUAGGAACUUCAUGCCGACUGACUGCCGAGACAAAUGUCAACCAGUCGUUCAGUUUAAUCAGAACAGAGAUAAGCCAUGAGCUAAAAGUAGUACAGAGAAAUCAUCCCCAUGAAGUAAUGAUAAAGAAUACUCAAAUAUCUGAGAUCUUUUCUCUUACGACAGCUUCUGUGUUUCCUGUCUCCUUAGAUCCUUAAGAAGUCGUGCAUCGAGAUCCUGGCGGCGGAGCCCUCUAGUAUCUGUGCAGGAGGUACGACAAUAAAGACCAGCCUCCUGCUCUCAUUUAUCAGUCUGUAUUAGGAGGAAAACUAGAUUGUAGUGCUUCUCUGUUGAAGCUUUUUUAGUAAACCAAACCUUAACUAAUUCCAGAUUAAAGGGUUGAUCUCUUUAAUGCCACAUGUUUGCUGAUGUUAAGUACAAGCUUAAGUCUGACAAAUGGAUUUUUAAGAGACAAAAAUGAAAAUGCAGAUACUCAAAAGUGAGUCCAGCAAAGACAGAAGAAGACAGAGUUAGUGUCUUUUACUUAAAUAUAUUGAUAUUAUGGUUAGUUAUUAGUGAAAAAUGCUUUCUCAAUCAAUAGUUAAUAUGAGAGGACCUGGAACUAACCUCUUUUAAUAGUGGCAUAACACUUUGGCACACAAAAACCUCAAUAUUUCAGGGUGUAAGACUGGACAGGAGAGGUCUUAACAAUUAUUAUUAUCAUUGCUCAAAAUGUCAUUGUUAAUGUCUUAUUCUGUUGUAUCUUUAACUUCACCUGAUGAAAUACAGAUAUACUUGUGAGUUUAAAACUUUACCACAAACCAAACUUUUGAUAACCGUUUUUGUCGAGGUGACACUUGUACACUUUUCUUUCCUCAGAGUCCUUCCAAGUUGUGGUGAGAGGAAAUGGCUUUCUCCAUGCACGUAAUGUGGAUAAGGUCCUUUGCAGCUUCCGAAUUAAUGACACCCUGACAAAAAGUGAGUGAGAUGCCAAGAAACUUCUUCUUCUCCUUGCUCUGAUUCACCUCAUACUUGGUGUUUAUCAGAUGAGCACUUUAGCUGAGUUCAAACUGACUCCAAGCAUCAAAGCUGAUAACAGUACAAGCAGAUAAGAUAAGAUAAGCAGAAGAGUUUAUGGGUGGAGUGUAAAUCCCUCUAAAUUACACCUAACUGAGCUUCCCAAAAGUCAAGCAGUCAGCCAGCAGCCCUGCUGAUGUUACUGGUAUCACAUCAACAUAUUGGGCAAUUUUACAGCCUUGAAAUGAGCCAGAAAGUCGAGAUAAAGGAGAGCAAGUACCACACAGGAGGAAGAAGUGGAAAAAACAGCCAUAAGGAUACAAGCCGUUUCCCCACAUCUUUCACCGGUAGCUUACUCUAAUGGCCUCUAAAACCACUUCCUACCAGGCGUGCCACAGUAGCUGCAGGAGGUGCUAAUUACAAAGCAAGGUAUUCACAUGCAACCAGACACAAACAAAAUGUCUGCUCCCCUAUGAGAGGAGGGGGGCGUCUAUCCAAGUAGUCUGCUGUGGUCUCGGUACCACGUUGCAUGUUUCAUACUAACACAGCAUGCAAGACAGCACACAUGUUCAACCUAUUAGCUCUCUCUUUCUCUCCCUCUCCCGCUCUCUCUUUAAAAAUGCACUUUUAAAAUCUAAUUCUGUUAAAGAUAACCUUAAAAACAGCCUGUUGCGGAGAUUUGAUCAGAAUCAUAACUCUCUCUGCUUGAUACAGCAUCCAAACUUCCUGCAGACAAACUGCAGACAUGGAAACAAUUAGAGCAAACUUAUCUUCUUACGUCAAUCCCUUUUUUUUGCUCGAUAACUCCUCCUCUUAGAUUCGCUUGCUUUUCUAAAUGUUUACACACAGCUUCUCUGGAAGUUAUUCCCUUCACAUCGGGGGUGAGCUUUAAAUAAAAUAAAAAAAGGCUAGCCUUGGCUUUCCUAGAGAUAAAUAUGUGAUCAGCUCCAAGAGGAACCAUUUCUCCACUCUUAAUACAUCUUUACUUGCCUCCUUUGAAGCUCUCUGCUUUUCUCACUAAGACAGUAAUGUGGUACAGAGGAAAGCAGCGAUAUGUUAUAGCAUAUGUUGAGCAGAUGAAUCAGUGUUUAAGUUGUGUCUCCAGGAAAAUCAAAUACAGUCAGGCAGCUGCAGUUUGGCAUGCAGGCCCUUUUCUGAGCCAUCUAUUGUUUUGAUGACAGAUGUUGCAACAGUGCUGCCAUGAACAACAUUGACAACACUUUUCUGUUUUCUUGCUGAGAGUCAGGCAGGAAACUGAUCCAGCAUCCCCACCUAAUAUCAUAUCACAGUAAGGCUCUUAAAGGGAUAUUCCAGCGUAAAAUUGAUUUAGGGUCAAACACACCAUAACACCGAGUUAGACACCCCCUUGCCAUAGUUCUAGCCACCAAACAUCUUUUUAGCUUUGGCUAAUUUCUUUUGCAAAGACACUAAUCACAACUCACCUACUCUCUUCUAGCAACUGCUUUUUUGUAGUGAGACCUCGACGAGUCCAUCAUUGACAGAGGUGGGGUGACGCAGCUCAAGGAAGAACAUUUAUGAUCAUUUCUUCAUGGAAAUACAAUCAGACCGAGACGCUAAGGCAGAAGAACUACCGCGUCUGCAGUGCAAAAUAAUUAAUAUGGUGAUUAUUACCUCAAGGAAAUUAUAAAGUAAUGAUCAUAAAUGUUCUUCCUUGAGCUGCGUCACCCCGCUGCAGACCAUAAUGGACUGCAAACAAGCGGCUGCUGGAAGAGAGUAGGUGAGCUGUGUUUAGUCUCUUUGCUAAAGAAAUUACGCAAAGUUCAAAAGACAUUUGGUAGCUAGUACUAUGGCUGGGACCCUAUAUGUACUGUUGAUGAAGUUAGGUGCUGUUCUGAACAUUAUUUGUGGCUAUAGAGUGGCGUUUUGGUUGAGGUUUGCUUAUGGCUCUGACCGCUCUGUAUUGCUUUUGUGCGGUUGUUACUUAGUUACUAGAGAAGCAAGCGGUCGGCAACAUUCAUCUCUCAAGGGGGUGUCUAACUUAUCCCUUCAAGAGAGGGUGUACUGAGUUUUCAAGACUCACUUUUGGGUAAAUAACCUCCACAUAUGUAUCAUUAUAGAUGCUGUUUCUCCAUCUACUCCAGUAGUGGUAUCAAUCACAUCCCCUUCAUUCAGUAUUGAAGUACUUAAAGGGCAUAUUUAAUUUUCCAGAUUGACCCAUGAUCCGUCUGUUAUACUAGACUACACAGACUUUAUGACUGAUACAGCAGCCAGUCACCUGAGGAGCCAUAAAACUUUUGGCUUCACUUUUUGGAACUAUUGUCUCGUCCAUGUUCUUAUACAAUUGAUGUAAAGCUUGAAAGAUGUAAUGUAUCCCACGAUUGAACUUUGCAGUUUCCAGUCUGAAAGCUAAGUCAGCUUGUUAGUUUCAGGCUGUGUUUUCAUAAUUUCCAUGAUGCGGAUAUCAAUCCUCCCAUAAAACUCUUGGCAAAGAAGGAAACUACCUCUUCCAUCAAACUGCUGUCUCUGUCUUCGCUGGUAGACUCAAGUAUCACUCAAAGACACUUCUAUGUUACCAUAAUCUUGGAUCAUCUUGAGACUAUCUCUAAAAUUGUGUAUCAGCCAUCAUCUGCAGCUGUAAAUCCAAGUGAUCCACUAGUUGAAGGUGAAUUCUGGACGCUUGUCUGCCCCUCUCAGUAAAACACGACCUUUCCGUGUGCUCGGGGAGUAAACAGCGCAAUAAAACAUCACGACAUGGCCGCAGGAUGUUUGCCAGCCGCUCGCCUCUCAGGGGAUUUUAUUGGUGGUGAUCUGCAGACCUAGGCCGGACCAGCUCUUCAGGGGGUCUCUACUGUCAUUUGUCGUUCAGGUUUUGAGCUCUUGUUGUCACGCUCUGCUUGUGUAAGGCCAUUCUGAGUGCAAGGUGGAUCCAGAGCAGGACCAAAUCUGGGCCAGUUUAUAUUGGCUCCGAGUUGGUUUUGGCAGCAUUUCUCCCCACUUUCUCCCCUCCUCCCUCCUCUCUUGCCUGCACGGUGUUUCUUCGAGAAGAUCAGCCGCGACCCAUAUGGCUGCUCGUGUUGAUUCUCUCAGUUCUGGGGUAUGCUUCCUUCCUGCCAAGAUAAACACGGGCUUGGGCGACGAUGCUAGUUGGAAAUCAUUCUGUUAAGAAAAAAAAAAAAACAGCUGAAAAACAAAAGCUGUGUUGAAAUAGUUGUACCGGUGUUUUUAGAGGAGAUACACAUGUCAUGAGACAGCAGACAACAAAGCAGUUGUUCUGAAUAAAUAUUCCUAUCAGACAGUUUGCUAAUCGAGUUACAGUGAAAGAUGUGACGUCAUUUUACUCCUUGAGAAGUGUUUACAGCUGUUCUCUCCUUUCCUGUGACUGCAUAUUGAGUUUAAAUGUGGUUAUGUGGCUUUACACAUCCUCCCUGACUGUUCUACAUAUUUAUAUAAACACUAUUCUUUAAUACUUAAUUAUUUCUCAGAGGCAAUACUGAAUGUUUUCCUGACUUUUUCAUGCCCUCUUUCCCUCAUUCUUGUAGUGGUGAAGCCUUUGAUUGUGGAAGAUACAUAUCUCCUUUGCCCUGCACCAGUGCUCCAAGAUGAGGGGAUGUAAGCUCUGUUGUUUAUUCAAACUAAUGUGAAUUUUCACAGUGUUUUAUAAGACACCACAUAAAUGAAAGCCAUGAUAUUUUUCCCCUUUUUUUCCAGGGCAGCAAACUUGUACGUCAGUAUGAACGAAGGGCUCAGUUUCAUCUCCAGUUCGGUCACCAUUACCACUGUGAGCUGUGUGAGUACAGUGUGUCAUAAUAACCCUGAUUAUAGGUCAUGAAAAAAGAAGGGAAACACAUGUUCAUCUAAACCCUGCAAAGAGGAUGAGAGCGGGACAGAGCAGGUUGACUGUCUUACACCUGGGAGACUUUUGGGCAAAACUCUGUCAAUUAAUCUUUAACCCUCCUCCUGUGUCAGGGUCUGCAACGAACCGUUUUACAUGUAAAAUGCUUAAACGAACCACUUAAAUAAGUUUUUUUUAUGAAGACUUUUUGACUUUGUCAGGAACUUCUAUCUCAACAAAAUAAAAAUAAAAAUAAUUAAAUUGACUAAAUUAUAAAAUGCUCUUAUUAAAAUCAUGGCACUUGUCGCGUUAGGGUCGCUGUUGACCCGGUUAGAUCAAUAUCUAAUAAUCAGAGUUGUGCAUGUCCAAACAUGAGAGAUCAGUUCAGUAUAGAUGUCUGUUUGAGGGGUAUACUGACAAAGAAAGACCCAGAGGCCCUCUACAAAAACUAUUAUAAGCAAUAUUUUAAUGGAUAAUGAAGCCUAACAGGGUAGCCUAGAGAUAAGAACCAAAUUGGAUGAUAGAGAAUUGUUUUUAGUGUCAUUUGCAGCUGAUUUCAGACACGGGUCAAAACCGACCCUUAACCUGGUGGGUGCGUAGUAAAAGCUAAAACAGGAGGAAGGUAAAGGGGGAAAUUCAGAUGUUGUCGUAAACAAGAAAUCAAGGAAGUAAUAGCAACAAUAGUAGAAAAAAACAGAUUUCACAAAAUAAAUCAACAUUCAUAUAAGAUUGUUAUGCAAAAAUAGAAAUGAUUAAGAAUUACACAGAGCAGUCAGAGCAUGUUAUUUAGAAGCGACAGGUUAUAAAGUGUAAACUAUGAUCUGAGGUAUAAUAUGAGUGAUUAUUCAAGGUGCAAAUAAAGGUUUUGAGAGUUUAAACAGAGUAUAUGUGUAAAAGCAACAAUGCAGAUUUUUUUAAUUAUGGUGUUUAUGUACCAGUACAUGAUGUAGUUUGAUAAUAUGCUGAAUGUAAUGAAAAUAUGGAGAGUAUGUGGACAUGUAUGCAUUGUAUAUGUGGAGACAGAGUAAAAAGAAGUGCAAAAUAAUGAUAUUAGCAGCUUUAUUUCUGAACAAUGUUUUUGAUAUUAAGCUUUAUCACAUAGCUUUAUAAUUUAACAUAAUAAAUAAUCAAAUAUAGCACUACAUUGUACAAUUUUUCCCCUUCUCAUGGUACAUUAAAUCACAAAAAUAAAAAACAGGUAGAGCUGACGACAUGAAAACAAACAGGGAUUUUGAGUCAUUAACCACUGACGCCGUUGAAGAUCAAACCUAAAGAGCGGCUCUGAAUAAGUGGUUUCUACAUCGUUUCAGCGCUCUGCACACUGAGACAGUCUGUGUUGAUGUGUCUGUCUCUGUUCCAGUCUGAUGGGACCAUCCUGGCCAUCGCUCUGCUCAUCCUCAUGCUGCUCCUGGUCUUGGCUCUGCUCUGGUGGUUCUGGCCUCUCUGCUGCACUGUGGUGAGUAAUGCAAUCAAAACAGGCAAGCAUGCUGCUCUACAGAAAGUUUCUUAUUUUUUGUUUUAUUUCAGGCUCUCGCACUUAAAGACACACUUUUUCAAGGAGGCAGAUGGACAAUAAGACAGAGAGAAAUGUGCUCUGCAGGUCUGUUCGGCACGUGUAGCGCCCCUAUACGGCGUCUUAACAACAUUCUCCAGGAGACGUUAGGGUCCAUGAGUCAAUAAAGGCCUUUUGGAUUCCCUGCAGCUGAUUUUGGUCCACAACCAAAAGAGGGUCAAGGUCACCAGGUUAACAUGUGUCAGAGUAAUUAUGCUGCUGUUGAAAUAAUUUGAGUUUCCAAAAAGUAGAAGCAGAUGACCUUUAAGUCGCGAUGGCUAACACUUCCAGAGAAUACCGCUCUGCUGGUAAGACUUAGCAAACUCUUCCAGCAGUAAAUGAGGCUGAAUAUUUGGAAAUUCCAGUCAGUGGUGAGGAAACAAAAACUCCAAUGAACUACUUGGUUUUAGGGUUUUAGAGGGAAGAUAACUCAUAAGAGAACAUCAGAGAAAGACUUUUUUUUUCUCUUUUAGGCAGAAGUCUGAUGUGGAGACAUGUCAGUGCCAUUAUUUAGAUAGUGGUCAAACCACCAGCAUCAUUAUAUGUCAUCAAACUCUCUUGACAGCAGCCACUCCUUCACAAAAUCAGUCCAUCUCCUUUCAAACAACGAUCCAAAUCCGAUGUUUCCAGCGCUGGAAACAAGGACCUGCCAGAAAGAGAGAAAGAGAGAAAGAGAGAGAGAGAGAGAUGUCAGCUUUUACAGCACGGCUGUUUCUCCUUUUACUUUUUCUGUUCUCGCCCAUUAAGUUGUGAAUCGGAGUUUGUGCAGCAUGUCUGUUUAGGAAAGUGAUGCUCGGUUACCAUGGGGAAUCAUUUUGGGAUCCAGAAUUUGCUGAAGCACGAAGGAAAAUUGACUAAACUGAAUCAGAAUUCCUUAAUUUGCCAACAAAUUUGAUGCAGGAAACCUAAAGAGAAAACAGACAGACAGCCAAAGAUCAGACAGAUAUACGGCUCAGAGGAGGAGUUACAGUAUAUAGACUAGAAUGUUCCAUAGUGAUGUAUAGGAGCUUUACAAACUGCUCUGAAACUAAAGAGUACUAAUCAGACAAUCGGAUAAACAAAAUGAAUAAAUAUAAUAAAAUUUUAUGGAAAGCAUUGCUCCAUACAGAAAGUCAGAGCAAACAAUGCAACAUUUACGAGCCCAGUACUCCUCCCUUUUCCUAAUCAACAACAUCAGGCCAAAAAAUCUGGACUGCAGAUUUCUAGGUCAGUGCAUCGAUCGCUCCAGUGAAGAAAAAGAGACUUAGAGGAAAAAACAGCUCCUCAGUCACAUGUUGCUUUUGUUUUUAUCUUGUUGCGCACUGAGAAAACAUUGCACUGACAUGCAGAAUUUAUCAAAUCUAUUUAGAGAUGCUUAUUUGCAAGUUUUGUUGUCCCCCUCACUUCCUCCUCUUCUCAUGCAAACAUUUUUCUCCCUCCCAGAUCAUCCACGAGCCACCACCACCGCCCGAGGAGGAGAGUUCGGUAGGAGCUGCAUUUAAUUUGUUUCUUAUGGUUCCAAAUAAAGCCAGUUAUUGAACAAUCAGACAGCUGCCAGUGUUUAAGUUGUAUAAUUAUUCAGUUUACUCUGACAUUUUAGACCUUGAAUGCUCGUGCUAAGUCGUCCACUACCACCUGGCAUUCAUUUGUGACUUUACGCCUUAAGUAAUUCACGAAAUGUGACGUGAGUUAACGCCCUCCUACAAUAACAAUGAAAUCCUCCUUUUAUCUCCCGUUUUUAUUUUAUUUUCUGAAUUUAAUUCAUGUUUUUAAAACCACUUUGGGUCUUUGAGAGAGUCAUGAGGAAUGAAACAAUAACCUGUCGGACUAAUGACUUCAUCUCACAUGACUUUGAUCAACUUCUUUAUUGACUGCCUUGAAAUCCUGGUGCAAAUACAGAAUAGCUUUCUUUGGACCGUAAACACAUCAGGUUGCACUUAUUUGCACCAAUUAGGCUGAAUAUUGAGUUUAAGUGGUAUGUUCAUCCUGACAUUGACCUCAAAGAUAAUGUUCAGUCUUCAUUGUGGCUUCCUCUGGUAGAUCACACGCCAGACAGUGAGUAUUAAAGAGCUGAAACAUCACAGGUUUUGCCAGUGGGCUUUAUAAUUUCCUCUGAUUCGACAAACUUCACAGAGACGAGAAAUUAGAGUUUAGUGGGGGAGGGCAGACGGCUUAAUUUCCUGGUGACCAACCAGAAGGCUUUGAACCCAGUAGCUCCAACUGUGGGUGUUAACAUAGACCGCCAUAUCUGGAGGAUUUUUCAAAAUUAUUUUAAUUAUGAUGCAUGGCCAAUGGGAAAUAAUUGAAAGUCAACUUUUAUAUCACAAUAAAACCAGUUUCCUGUCAUUUUCCCAAAGGAUGACGAAGACUUUGAGACUCCCAAGAAGAAAUGGCCGACUGUAGAUGCGUCCUACUACGGAGGAAGAGGAGUUGGAGGAAUCAAAAGGAUGGAGGUGAGAUUAUGUUUAUCCCAAGUUCCUUAAACUGUCUUGUGUACAACGCUGCUGUGCAAUGUUGGUUUCAGGAAAUGAAGAAAAGCCGUAUACUGACAGAAGGCAGAACCAAGUUGUUCAUAGUAUAUACAGUCUAUGGUGUGUUACAAUGGAGAGGAAAAACUUCCUUUUACAGGCAGAAACCUCGAGCUGAACCAGACUUACAGUCAUCUGCUGGGACCUCACUUGGUUUAGAGAGGAGAAAGAGGGAGAUGUAGAAAAAGAGAGAUGGAGUUUGAUGCACAGUGUUGAAGACGCAGGAAAGCAGGCAGGUCCACAGCAGCGAUCCAGAGGAACCUACAGCAUGAUGGAGCUCAGGGACUCCCAGAUAAGACUGUGUAUGAGUGACUCUUUUGGGUUCAUCACCAAGGCUGACGGUCUCAAAGGAACCGAAACAUCCACGGGUUAUUUAUACUGCUUCAUCUACUUGGAGCUCCAGGGGGCUGACGUUUAUCCCGGUCACUGGGCAAGAGGCAGGAUAUGACCUGGACUGGUGGGCACUCGAUUAUGGAAACCAACUAGACACACUCACUCCUACUGGCAAUUUACACUCACCAAUUAACCUAUGAAGCAUGUCUUUGGACUGUAGGAGGAAACAGGAAGAAACCCACGGAUGCAAGAAACAUGCAAACUCCUGUUCCACCGAGGGAUCCUAACCAGAUACUUACUGCACCUCCAAAACAAUACACUUAGUUGAAUUACAUCCUCACUACACAUCAGACAGAGUCCCAGUGAGGCAAGUCAACACAGGUGUGAAUUAGUGUCAUAAAUGUCUGCGUCUCUAUACUCUUCAUUUUAGGUCCGCUGGGGUGAGAAAGGCUCCACCGAAGAAGGAGCAAAGCUGGAGAAGGCCAAAAACGCCAAAGUGAAGAUGCCUGAGCAGGAGUACGAGCUGCCCCCCAUGCGGGUUCUCAACAAUGGCAUGCACAAACCCCCCGGGCCCCGCAAGUGGUACUCGCCCAUCAAGGUACGCAACGACUAUAGCAGCCAAGAGGAAACUGUAUGAGAAAUGGGACCGGUCCACAGAAAGUCUCAUUACUGACAAAACUGGCAACCACAAAACCAUAAAUCUCAACUGUUGGACGUAGAAAUCAGAGAUAGCGAAAGAUUUAUAGGAUUUUGUCCGACAAGCCAGCGAAUAUUGGUCGGAUUGCAUUUAAUUAAUGAAAGCAGUCAUGGCUGUUAAAAGCUCUGCUGGGAAAAAAAGCUUUUUUUCAGUUGUUAGCAUGUGUUGUGCAUGAAGUACAACAUCUGCUGAACAUUAAUCCAGCCCAGGAUAUGUUAGUAAUAGCAUUAUUUAAGUGUCGCAGUGAAAGAAGUAUAAAAUGUGUCAUAUUGUUUAGGUGAAUACUAGCGCACAGGCUUUUUCUCUAGGGCCACCAUGGGGUUAAAGGAGUCACUCCAAACCCUUCCCAGUCAGCGGGGGGAUUGCUAAUAGAAACCAGACUCCUGUAGGAUUGACCUCCAGGGAGCAGAGCUGCACAGCCAGCAGUUUUGGGAGGAAAAACAGCUGCAUUUCCUGCGCUUAUCCGACAAAUAUUUGCUGUUUGAAGGUGUUGAAGAGUCAGCUCGCAAUAAACAGAAAUUUGAUGGUUACAUAAAUGCAUUUAUCGCAGGAAUAUGUUCAAACUAUCAAUUUGGAGAGAAAUCAGAAACCUGAUUAAGUGUUAGAGUUUCAAGGACAAACUCCAUACUGCUUUAGAUUUAACAUUGGAUUCUUUUCUGUUUUAUAGAGCAAACUGGAUGCAUUGUGGGUACUUUUAAGAAAAGGCUACGACCGUGUGUCUGUAAUGAGACCCCAUCCUGGAGACAAGGUAAGAAAAGCUGAAAAGCAGCUCAAAUAAAUAUAGAAUAUAGCAACAAAUCAGUCUGACGUAAGGCGUUGGCUGUGCAUUAGCGUUUUGGCAAAGACUCAUUUAGUUUCUUGAAAAUGUUGGGAAAAUAGACCAGCUGUGAGCAAUGAAGUGUGCACAGAGAGGCUCAUGGGAAAACUUGUGGUGAGUUGGGGUUUAGUCUGCAGAGUCUGGCUACAGUGGGCUGCAAUGUAAAGAUGUCUGGAAAAGUCAUCAAAUGUGAUUCCUCAAAGGCCAGCUGCAGUGGGGGGAUAACAGAGUGAUGACCUCUACUGUUGGCAGCCAACAUGGAGUCUGAGACUGAGGGAUCAACAAGUGCUGAAAAAAGGAGCUUGAGGGGAUUCUGUACGUAAUAAUCCCCCUCCAGAAGAGUUUAAAGGCUAAUGCCAAGCUUUCAAUGACUAACAAGUGUUGAUUUACACUGGCAGGCGCUAAAGUCAGAGAUAUGAUAGGGAUCAGAAGAAUCACUGAUUCACUCUGCUUUUAUACAUACUUUCCAGUUAAAAUUAAAUCACUGCUUGCUACGGUCCGGAGUUAAACAAAAAGGAAAGGACCCAAAAUGCAGAACAAAAAAAAAAGGAUUUAUUAAAAAGAACAAAAUGAAAAGCAGCAAAAACUUACUUAAAAUGCCCAACUUAGGCAAGAAAAAAAAACACAAGAGGCAAAAUCCAAAGAACAUAGGAGACUCACCAGAAAGACAAGCAUACACUGACACACAUCUGACACACACAUGCAGACACAAUGAACCAACAAGGAAACAGGGGAAGACAGGGGCUGUUUUUGAAUUGGCCUAUUGCAUACUCCUGCCGACUGCAGUAUGCAUGAAAUACUGCAUACUGAGUACUGUGUUCAAUAGUAGUAUGCAGUAUGACUGCAAGUCGGCCGUUAUUAUGUAGUUAGGCGGGUGUAUGUAUGAAAAAAAAGCACCUAACCCUAAAAAAAUUCCAGAACCCAAAACUGAACAAUCGAUAACAAUUUCGCAUUUGUUCAUCUACUGCAUACUGCAUACUAUAUUUUGUGCAAAUCAGUACCUACUGCUAGUAUAGUAGGCGAAUUUGAAAAUGGACAGGGACUAUAUAUACACUCAGGGAAACGAGCAACGAGAGGCAGUCGAGACACUGAGACACAGGUGCAGACAAUUACAGAGGAGGGAAAACUGAGGAAGUAAAACAAGACUAGAAACACAGAGGAUAAAGUACGACAAAAUAAAACAGAAAAUACACUGAAAACUGAUAUAAAAAAUAAAACAUAAACUGAAAAGUCACAAGACAGGAUCACAGGAACAAUAGGAAACGGAAACACUCAAGACUCAAAACACACAAGAACAUAUCAUGACACUGCUGCUUGAAUCUGCUGUAUUAAUAUUCCUCUCCACUAUUAAUUCAUAACUGCUUUUAUCAUUUAUUUGAAACUUUUUCAAUAAGAGCGACUAAAUGAUUUUAAGCUAAUUGUGUCGACUUCUCUAUUAAACUGAAAUUUGUGCCGUAAAUGUAUUCUGCGUUCUUACAACAGUGUCUCCACUGCAGUACAGUUACAACAGUGCAUGCACCGCUCUGCAAUUAGAAGUGUACAAGUUAGUCCCCCACUCCAUAAAGCUCUUUAUUAAAGCUCUGGGGAAAAAAAAGUCCAGUAUCCUUCAUGAUGUGCAGUAAACAAGCUUGUUCUGGUUGCAAUUAAGAGCCUCUUGUCGAAGUCUUUCUUUUAUAACUUCCCUUAAAUGAAUGCAGCGGUGGGAAGGAGGAGGCAUGCGGAUCUUACCGCCUGCCAGACAGAGAGGAAAGUCAGGUUCCUGUUACGUGUCAUAGAUGUCUGAAACAACACAUCUCUCAUCAUUACAUAGCUUGAAACAGCAGAUUACACCGAAUAUUUUCUAGAGCGUGAAGUGAUUUUUAUUGUUUGAUACAAGAGCCCAGAGGCCUUGAAAUCUGUGUCAUUCACCGUCCCUCAGACACGAGAGGAAUAAACAAAGAUUGAGUCUGAUUCUUUCUGUGUUGUAUGCAUGACAUUAACAAUCUUCAGAGUUUGUCUCAGAGGUCAUUUUUCCCCUCUCUGGUAAUUGAGAGGCAGAGAGCAGAGCUGUCAUCCUUCAUCAAUCCACUGAACCUCCCUGAUCCCCUCGGUGCAGCUGCUUCCCGGGUGUAGCUUGUUACCAGAAUACGAGAGUCCCUUUUGUAUGACCUCACUGCAGUUUGAACUGGAGGAGAGAGUCAGCGAGUUAUUUUGUCCAGCUGAGCAAAGAAAAACACAUAAUUGCCCACAACUAAAGCUGACAGUCUUGUAAGCAUGUCCACAGAAACGGCACGGGCAACCGAGGAGAGUUAAAGUAGCAUCUGUGAUUUACAACAUACAGCAACAAUAAACUGUUUUUUUUAAUCUUGAUCUCAUCUUUAAUCUCAUCUCUUUAAUCGAGAGAUGAGUGUUGCUGACUACUUGCUUCUCUAGUUAUACCAACUUUAGUAAUGACCGCAGGAUAGCAAUACAGCACUCAACCAAAACGCCACUCUAUAGCCACAAAUAAUGCUCAGAACAGCACCUAACUUCAUCAAAGGUACAUAUAGGGUCUCAGCCAUAGUACUAGCCACCAAACAUCUUUUUAACUUUGCCUGAUUUCUUUAGCAAAGAGACUAAACACAACUCACCCACUCUCUUCCAGCAGCCGUUUGUUUGUACAGAGAGUUCAUCGACGCAGCUCAAGGAAGAACAUUUAUGAUCAUUACUUUAUCAUUUCCUUGAAAUAAUAAUCAUAAAUGUUCUUCCUUAAGCUGCGUCGAUGAACUCUCUGUACAAACAAACGGCUGCUGGAAGAGAGUAGGUGAGUUGUGUUUAGUCUCUUUGCUAAAGAAAUCAGGCAAAGUUAUAAAGAUGUUUGGUGGCUAGUACUAUGACUGGGACCCUAUAUGUACUGUUGAUGAAGUUAGGUGCUGUUCUGAGCAUUAUUUGUGGCUAUAGAGUGGCGUUUUCGUUGAAGUUUGUUUAUGGCUCCUCAGACCACUAUGUAUUGCUAUCCUGCAGUCGUUACCAAAGUUGGUAAAACUAGAGAAGCAAGCAGUCAGCAACAUUCAUCUCUCGAGGGGGUGUCUAACUCGGUGUUAUGGUGUAUUUGACCCUAAAUUAAUUUUACGCCAGAAUAUCCCUUUAAGGAGUCAUUUGCGAGACUAAGGCUGUGUCCGAAAUGAAUCACUCAAUCCCUAACCCCUAACCCCCAUAUGGGGUUUCACUGACUAUGUAGUGAGCUCAAUCACCGGAGGUUUCGGACACUACAUGGCAAGACGCAAUGCAUGACGGGAUGCCCACCACCGUUGAGUGACCAUCGGAUGGCGACAACAUUUUGCAAAGCAUUAUGGGAAAUUUUGAGUCGCCUAUAUAGGGCAUUGGAAUUGAUCACUCAGGUGUUGCUGGAAUAUCCCUUUAAGGAUUAAUUUGCAAGACUCAGACUCUCAAACGAAGCCGCACAAUUAAAGGAGAAUGCAAAAAGAAAAAAAUAAGGCUUAUAUUGAUAUGUUCAUCCUGUGCAUUAUGAUGUUUUUCUUUUCUAAUAUCUGCCUUUAUUUGACAUUUUCAGGGCAGAUGCAUGAACUUCACCCGCACAAAAUCUCCCUCUCCUCACUACUUACAUUACAACCACCACUCAACCCCCAUCUACAAGCCUCCACCUCCUCCGCAGGGCAGCCUUCCACCGACCCCAGGCAGCCCCUCCUCAUUGCCAUCGUACACCUUCUCCACCCUGCCUCCAACACCUCCACCCAGCUCCGACUCCCCCUCUCCUCCCAUCACGCCACCCCCUUACACGCCACCUCCUAACCGGGCUCUCCCUCCGACUAACCUGAACAUAUCUGCCCCACCAGCUUCUCUCCCAACCCCUCAACCUCCUUGCUCCCCCACCGGCUCUCUGCCUCCUCCGCCACAGGGGCCUCCUCCUUGCCGAGCCCCUCCACCUGCUCGUCCACCGCCUCGCCCUGGCCUGUAGAGGAGAAAGUUUAAAGGGACUUAAAAAGGGAACUCAGAGGCCGUGACCAUCUUUGAUUGUAACUGCGAGCGAGCACCGUUGAGCUUGUUGUGUUGUGCUCGGCGGCCUUUCUGCCUUGUGAAGUGGUGCGGCGAGGACUUCUUUUCUGCUAUUUGUCUACAGUGACUUUUGUACACAUUUAGCCCAACAGUGCAAUUGCUCUAAUGCUUGAAUUACACAGACAUUCCCUACAAAUGAGGUCACACAGGCCUGCUCGAAAACACUCGCCCUCUGGUCCCCAGAGCUGCUGAAGGCUUUCAAAAAAAGAUAGGAUGAAUCUUGACCAAUCAGAGAAACGAUGGAUUGAACUCUGUACAAACUAAAGGAGCACAGUCACAUUUAAAUCGCUCAUGACAGUUCUUGAAUUUGUGUGUUGCAUUCCCGUUUUCCUGAUAAGAGAUGCAAGACUUUUACAGCAAAUGUCCCAGACACUGCCGCUAAAGAAGAGUCCAGAAAAGUCUGUUUUUGUACUUUUUGUACUCUUGAAUGUUGGACAAUUGCAUGCAGUGAUGUUUGAGUCAACAUUUGUUUUUUAUGUGUGUGUUUGUUUACCUUGUUUUUAUUACACAUUUGUACAUUUUUUAUGAACACUUUUAAUGUUAAGAACCACAUUUUUAGAGUAUCAUUAAGGUUAGAAAGACAAUCGUUGCUGAUAAAUCCAUUUUUUGAAACAGCAAUGCACAAAUCUGCUACAUCAUAGCUGGCCUAUUUUUGUGCUCUUCACAGUUUCACUAAACGUUGAUUUAGCCUUAUUUUUAUAAACGGCUCGAUCAAAACGACAGCAUUUGAGACUGAGUUUAGUCAAUGAGGGAAACGUUUUGCACAUAAUCUUGAUCUGCAGCCUUAAUAUACAUGUAAAUAAUAAUUCUUAUAAAUGUGUGUUCAGACAUCUUUGUUAAUGUUAGAGAGAAAGACACAACGUUAAGAUGUGUAUCACAGCAAACCGACCUGACUCAAAACGAGCUUUAUAUCGACUUAAACAAAGGCAUUUGGUUUAUUUGCACAAAUUUAUAUGAAGCAGGUUUGGUUUCAGCUGAAUGCAGAUUACAAAGGAGGGAAUGAUCCACCAAAACAGAAUGUAAACACCUUUGGUUUUUUUCAUUCUUUAUGGAAGUAAACAGUUCACGUGUAUUCAAUUGUA